AUGUAUAUGGUGGGUGAGAUGAGCUCUGGAAUGAUGUUGGUACCAAUGGUAUUCACAACACUGGUACUCAGUGGUAGACAUGACUCUGAACUUCAUCCUUUAUUCGUCAUGAAUAGUGAUUUUUGGGAUAACGGUGAAGAUGUGGCUGCAGAUAAAAGAAGUCGGAAAGAAAACAGAUUGGGAAGGGGAGCAUCGAUGUCUCCCAGUUCUAAUCGCAGCAAUGAAGCAGCAGCUGAUGCUGUUUUCAAGUCAGCCUGUAAAGAGCGGGUUUUGCUAGCUUAUACUGAUUAUAACUUGGAUAUAACAAAGAUUGUGAAUUUGUUUUCAAAAUAUGGUGAGAGAGUAAAUACAGUACGUGUUAGUAACGAUGCUGCCAAGAACAUACUAGAAAUAGUUAGAUGGCCAUCAAUGCCACUUAUUUUUGUUAAGGGAGACUGUUGUGGUGGCCUUAAAGAACUUCAUCAGUUGGAGGAAAAUGGUUCUUUAAAUGAAUGGUUAAAAGAACAUCAGUAUGAUAUUGCUGUUGUUGGAGGUGGUUCUGGUGGUCUAGCAGCUGCAAAGGAGGCAGUUUGUUUUGGCAAAAAGGUGGUUUGUCUGGAUUUCGUUAAGCCAUCAACAAGAGGCACAACCUGGGGCUUAGGUGGAACUUGUGUUAAUGUAGGCUGUAUACCGAAGAAAUUGAUGCACCAAGCCGCACUUUUGGGUGAAUAUGUUGAAGAUGCCAAGAAGUUUGGCUGGGAAAUACCUGAAGGUACAAUAAAGUUGAACUGGCAUCAACUCAGAAAUGCUGUACAAAACCAUAUUGCUUCGCUGAAUUGGGGAUACCGAGUUCAGUUAAAAGAAAAAUCAGUUCGUUAUUUUUUUGUUGGUAUAUCUAUACUCUUGCUUGAAAAUGCUGUGACUUAUAUGAACUCGUAUGCCACUUUUACUGGUUCUCAUGAACUAAGUGUCAAGAAUAAGAAAGGAAAAGUUGAAAAAGUUACUGCUGACAGAUUUUUAAUCGCUGUCGGAUUAAGGCCACGUUUUCCUGAUGUUCCAGGAGCACUGGAAUGCUGCAUUAGCAGUGAUGAUUUGUUUUCACUGUCCUAUAAUCCUGGCAAAACUCUUUGUGUUGGUGCAUCAUAUGUUUCGCUUGAAUGUGCUGGAUUUUUGAAAGGUAUUGGUAAUGAUGUCACGGUUAUGGUCAGAUCAAUUUUGUUGCGUGGUUUUGAUCAGGAUAUGGCGGAACGCAUUAAGAAACAUAUGACAGAGCAUGGCAUCAAAUUUCUCCCGCAAGAGCCAACUAAUGAUGAACCAGGAUUGAUUAGAGUUCAUACGAUCCAGGAACAUGAAGACGGAACAAAAGAGGAAGUUACGGAAGAAUUUAAUACGGUCUUGAUGGCAAUAGGACGUGAUGCUAUGACAGAUGAUCUUGGUUUGGAUGUAGUCGGUGUGGAGCGUGCAAAAUCUGGUAAAAUAAUUGGAAGAAGAGAGCAGAGUGUUAGUUGUCCGUAUGUUUAUGCUAUUGGUGAUGUGCUGUAUGGCUGUCCAGAGCUUACACCUCUUGCAAUACAAGCAGGUAAAGUUUUAAUGAGGCGCAUCUUAACUGGGAAUUCUGAACUGACCGAAUAUGACAAAAUACCAACAACAGUAUUUACACCGUUGGAAUAUGGUUCAUGUGGAUUAUCGGAGGAUGCUGCUAUUCAAAAAUACGGAAAAGAAAAUAUCAAUGUGUAUCAUAAUGUGUUCAUUCCGCUUGAGUACGCCGUGACAGAACGAAAGGAAAAAACACACUGUUACUGUAAAUUGAUCUGUCUGAAGAAUGAACAGGACUUGGUUCUUGGUUUUCACAUUCUCACACCAAAUGCAGGUGAAAUAACACAAGGCUUUGCAAUAGCUUUGAAAUUUGAUGCUAAAAAGGCCGAUUUUGAUCGAUUAAUCGGUAUACAUCCGACUGUUGCCGAAAACUUCACGACACUUACGCUGCUUAAGGAGGAUGGGCAAACACUGAAGGCUACAGGAUGUUGA